AUGAAUCAUGUACAAAGUAAUGAAUCGACAGUAUCUGAAAUAGAUGAUAUUGAUAUGGAUGAUACUGAUAUGGUAGAUAAUUCUACUUUUGGUGGAUCUAUAACUAAUGAAAAAAAUAUUCAUCAGAAUAAUAUUAAUAUUAAUAGUAACAGUAGUAGUACGAAUACAAGUAUUAGUACCACAAAAGAUAAUAAAAAUAAUUCUACAAAUAAGAAAAGUGUUGGAUUUGCGCAAGAUAUUAAACCUGUAAGGUUAAAGAUGAAUAAAUCACAUCAAUCAAAUAAUAUUUCAACAGGUGAUGUAACAAGAGAUUCAAAACAAAUUUUAUCUCAAGUAAGGCAACAGUUAAUGAAAGGUACAUAUACUACAUCUCAAAGAAAUAGUAAUAGUACUAAUAUACCACAAAUUUUCCAUUCAAUUGAUAUUGAUCAAUUUGAAAAUUAUUUAAAAGAACCAAAAUAUAUUAAAACUUUUAAAAAAGCUAGACAUGUUAAACAAUUUCGAAGAUUAUUUCUAGCUCAAGAAUUAAAAGUUAAUAAUAAUAACCUUAAUGAAUUUGAUAGGAAUCAAUCAAUGAUUAAUGAUCCAAACCACUCAUCAGCACCUUAUUCAACUUCUUCAUCAUCCUCAACAACAGCAACAAAUUCAACCGCACAUUCAUCAUCAUGUCACCCUGCAUCAUCAUCCUCAAAGUCUCCGGUGACUCCCAGAGCAAUUUGGACAAGUAAAUUUAGUCAUGAUGGGAAAUAUUUAGCCACUGCAGGGAAAGAUGGUACCAUUAGAAUUUGGAAAGUUAUUAGUUCACCUAUAGAAAGAUUGGAAUUAAAUUCAACAUUGGAAUCAAAUAUGGAAUCUCACGUCAAACGUUCUAGAUUAAAAUCUCAAUUAUCAAACUUUGCAAAUUAUAGUCAUCAUAACAGCAAUAACAGUAACAAUAAUAAUAAAAAUAAUAUGUCACAAUCGUCUGCAUCUUCUCCUCCGUGUCUGAGUACUGAAUAUGAUAAUAGUAACGAAUCACUAGAUUUAUAUGCACCUGUAUUCCAUCCUUCACCAAUUAAAAUUUUUAGAGAACAUACUCAAGAUGUUCUGGAUCUAGAUUGGUCUAAGAACAAUUUUUUGAUAAGUUCCUCUAUGGAUAAAACAGUAAAACUAUGGCACCCAGAUAGAAAAUCAUCUUUAAAAACGUUCCAUCAUCCAGAUUUCGUAACAUCAAUUAGUUUCCAUCCAACUGAUGAUAGAUUCUUUAUAUCUGGUUGUUUAGAUCAUACAUGUAGACUUUGGUCUAUUGUAGAUGAUGAAAUUAGUUAUGAGUUCGAUAGUCUCGAUUUAAUAACUUCUGUAACUUUCUCUCAAAAUGAUGGGAAAUAUACUGUCAUAGGGACUUUUAAUGGUUACAUAUAUGUACUAUUAACUAAUGGUCUUACAGCAAUAUCUUCUUUUCAUAUAACAGAUAGAAAAACUCAAUCAGACAAAUCUGUCACCAUAUUUCAAGAACCAACAAAAGCACAUCAUGGCCCAAGAAUCACUGGCUUGACUGUAUUCUCUCCACCAUUUGACACAAAGGGUAAUUUGCUUAGAGUAUUAGUUACCUCAAACGACUCAAGAAUCAGAGUCUUUGAUUUACAAACAAAGAAAUUAUUAGAGGUCAUUAAAGGAUUCCGUAGUGAAAUGUUAUCUCAUAAUGCUCAAUUAUCAACUUCAACUGGUGGCGCUUAUGUUAUCUGUGGUAGUGAUGAUCAUUGGAUAUAUUGUUGGGGUCUAAGGUCAUCAGUAGAGGCUCCUUCUACCGAUGAUAAUAAUACACAUGGAAAGAAACCAAAAAAUAGCCUUAAAAGAUCGGAUAGUUUAAAGAAUUUGUUCAACAAAUCAUUGAGCAGAAGUUCAAGUCAAAGUAGUGGUAGUGGUAAAAAUGAUGACUUAACUGCAUUAACAAUGACUCGUAUGGCGUCAAAUUCAAAUAAACCCUCUUCACCACCAAAUGAAACUAAUAAAAGCGAGUCCAAUCAUAGACAUUCAUUUCUAGCAUCAUUGAUACCUGGACAUCAUGAUUAUAUUAAAAAUAGCAGUUAUCUAGCAUUCAAUGCACACCAAGCACCAGUGACAAGUGUCUGCAUGGCACCAAUUGAGACCGCUAAAACAUUAGCAUUAUCUAAUGAUGUUAUUUGUGAACUUUACUCAGAAUUCUCAAAUGCUGAAGAAGAUUUUGAUAUUUUAAAAGUUAGGGGUACUGCAGUGACUCCGAUUACAUCUAAUGACUCCUCAUCAUCUAUGUCAGACUAUAUUGGUUCCAGUAAUCUAAAUAACGUUGUUAAUGCUAUUGGUUCAAUUGUCGUUAGUACUGAUACCACGGGGACUAUUAGAGUCUUUAGAACAGAUAUUCCUACAGUGAUUAGAAAACGUGUAUUAGAAAAGAUUAGAGAAUAUAAAUUGGAGAAUCGUGCUAGAGUGAAUAGUGCCACGUCACUUAAUGCCAUGGGUCGUUCCACUGGUAGUAGUAGUAUUUCUUCCACCACGGUAAAUAGAGCAAAAUCUUUUACUAAUGUUAACCAUCUGAAUAGUUAUAGUGGUACCGGUGGAUCAGGUCUAUUUGGUUCAAAGAAUAUUAAGCCUAUUCUUAGAUCCCCUUCGAUGUCAAAUUUUAGUGCUAAUGGACAAACACCCCAAUAUGGAUUUGGUACCUCUGUGACCCCAUCAUUAAAUCAAUCUGGUAUGUAUAAUUCACCCAAUGAGAGUUUGUCAUCUUCAACAACAGCAGAUUUAUCACAAACCUUAAAAUGUGAUAUAUGUCAUGGUUCAAAUUUCAAGCCAAUUUCGAAAGGUGGAUUAGUAAGAGGUGAGAAUUGCUACUAUUGUCUCGAUUGUGGUAGCAUUCUAAAUAAUUUCAGGUAA